CAUUAUACACAGUUUUAUAUUGUCUCAAGUUUUAUGUAUUAUUAUUCCUAUUAAAUCAUCCUUGUCUUUUGAUUGCUAAUAUCAAUGAAUUCAACCAAUAAUAACAACAAUAACAAUAAUAAUCAUCAUGCUAAUGGUAAUAUAGCUUCCAAAUAUAACCUUCCCAAAUUCAAUUCAACCGCCAAUUCACAAGCUGCAACAACAACUACAACUACAACCACCACCAAUGCUGCCACUAAUAGAAUACCAUCCAAUCAUAUUCUAGAUUCAACGUUUUUGCAUCCAAAUGACUCCAUAGCGUAUAACACCACAAGAACUAUAAGUUCAUCUUCAACUUCAAUGAUUAGUACUCCUAGUAAUAAUAUACGAAGAUUCCAAAAACAUCGUCCUCCUCAAAAUAAUCAAGAUUCAAAACUGCAACAACAAUCACAAUCACAAUCACAGCCACCUCUGAAAACUUCAAAGAAUGCUGCUUCUAUAAAGAGUAAACUUUUAAAUCUUCAACAAUCCCUGAAACGGUUUAUUGAUGGUGAUUUCACUCAUCAUAAUCGUAAUCAUCAUCAUAAUCAACAUCCCCAUCAUAAUAGUAACAACAACAAUGCCAUUGUAUCUCAAACUGAUAUUGAUGAAAGUCAUCCCAACCGUUCGGUUCCAAGUUUUAUUAUUCAUAAACCAAUCAAUAUGAAUGGUUAUGAUUAUUCCGUAUAUACCAAUUAUCCAAAUGGGAUAGAUUUACAACAUGGGGAUCAUUUACCCCCUGCUGUUAAAGAAUCACAAAUAAAAGCUUGGGAAUCAGCUGAAAGAAUAAGUAAGAAUAUAAUCUUUGGAGAUUCAAGUGAAUCUGAAGAUAAUGAUGAUGAUGAAGAAAAUGAAGAAGUUGAAGAAAAACAUGACAUUUAUAAUGAUAAGACUAAUAAUAAGACUAAUGAGAACUCUAAUAAAUUAAAAUCUAAUAUAAUACAGGCUAUUCCAGGAUAUACAAGAGGAGAUUUACAAAUCAUUAUCAAUGCAUUUAAGAAUGCCAAAUUUAAAGAUGAAAGUUUUGAUAUUGAAUUAAAAAAACUUUUAAAUGAAAGUAAACGGGAUAUUCAAAUGCAUCAUGAAAAAGUAUUUUCUCAAGCUCAUACAUUUAAUGCUAAACGUCAAAUUCAAAUCACGCAAAAGAAAGAAGUUUUAACUCGAUUAUUUGGAUUAAAUAAUAGUUUGAAUCAAGAUUAUAUUACUAAUAAUUCAAUCUAUUCAUCGUUUGAUAAUAGUUCCAAUAUUCAAAAGACAUUUCUUGAAGAUCGUGAUGAAAUAUCUUCAUUAUUAGAAGAAGAUCGAGCAUUUUUAGGAGAAUUAUCUGAAGUUCAACUGGUUUUGAAUGAAAAGAAAACUAUGGGGAUUGAAAUUAGUCAAUUAAUGAAUAAAGAUGGGUCUAAUCCUACUACUACUACUAAUGUUAGAAAAAGAAGAAGAACAAGAAGAAGUAGUAGUACUAGUAGUAUUAGUAGUGAUGAAGAAUUUGAUAUUAAUAAAUUUGAAUAUGGUAAAUUUCAAACCACUAUUAAUAAAAGAUUAGACACUUUAUAUAAUUCACGGUUAAAGAAUGUCCAUCAUCAUCAUCCUAGUCAAGUUCUUGAAGAUGAUGAAGAAGAAGAUACCAAUGACGUUGACGAUGAUGAUGAUAAUAUUUAUGAUGAUACUAUUGAUGAAUCUAAUGAUGAUUUCCAUUUAUAUACGAUUAAUUUUCUCAGAAGAUGUCUUAAGUUGACAACUGAUAACACUAAUACAAUGGGAAGUGAUGAAUAGAUUCAAUUCUAUUCCAACUAUGUUUUAAAUUAUGUACUAUUCAUGUAACUAAAUAUAUAAUUAAUAAUAAUAUUAUUUGUAAUAACGGUUAAUCAUUCUUUUUUUUGCAAUUUGCAAUAAUUGUAAAAAUUUCAA